UGGUACAGGCAUAUGGAAUCUGCGGUGUUUUUUUGAGCACUGGCUAGUUGGGAACAUUCCGGGAGAUGACGUAAAAAAAGGAAAUCUGCGAACAGAGUAUCUCGGAACUGUCGGACAUUAUCACGGAAUAGCACAUAUGGUCCAGUUCGGGAGGCUUUCAACAUUAAAGACUUCAGAGAGUACUUCCAUUUAGGACCACCAUUGGCAGUUAAUUUCUGCAACGUGUAUAACAAUGUCACAGAUUUACCAUACUGAGAAGAUUUAAAGUGUCAGAUAAAAACCGCAGUUACAAUCGUUGAACAUGUUACGAUUGUUACGCUCAAGAGUGGUCUGGGUCACCAUCCGAGUUCUGUUUUGUUUAUUUGUAACUAUGGAAGCGGUUGAAAAGAAGUCGAUAAAACGGGAAAAUACUGAAACCUCAAAUUCUACUAAUCAAAAUUCGACCACAAUUACUCCUACCACUACUUUUAAAGGCAUGAGCGUCAAAAAAACUACACCAGCAGUGUCUGAUUAUUCAAAAGAAAUAGAGACUGUUUUGAAAAAAGAAAAACUGAUCGGACCUAAACUAGUUACUAGAGCACCAAAACAUCUUCUUAAAGUGUCAUACGGUGGAAAACCAGUGCAUCUAGGAACUUCAUUUGACUCAGAUGAAGUAGUGAAUGAACCAACACAUAUCAGUUGGCCUUAUGAAGACAACACGUACUAUACCUUCAUGGUGAUUGGACCUGAUGUACCAUCAAGAGAGAAUCCAGAUCCUGAGUUCCUGUCUUCGUGGGAACAUUGGAUGAUCGGAAAUAUUCCUGCGAAUAACUUAUCGGCAGGUGAUGUGCUAUCCGAGUACGUCGGUAUCACUGGCCCCGAGUAUGAAAUAGGGACUCAUCGAUUGGUGUUUUUAGUUUUCAAACAGAAUCCAGUGAGACAAUGGACCCUGGAGGGCAUGACCGUUAAUCAAACCAUAAUGUUCGAGGAGGGCUUACUGAAGAAAAAGGUAAUCGGUUUGAUGAGAUCGUCGUUUUACCCGAGGAGGAUACCAAAGAAGUACAACAUGGUGCUGGACCCAAUUGCUGUCAACUUCUGCGUCGUGCACCAAAAGAAACCCGUAUACGUCGAGCCAACUGAGCCUCCGGACGAGACCGAGACGCCGGAGGACUCCGAAGAACAAGAGGAACUGAGGAGGGCCAAGGCUGAAAAUCGGACGGUUGUAUUCAGUACAACAACCGAGGAAGUGGGAUCCUUAAUCUUGGACAGAUCCAGAACUUGGUCUUAAUGCCUUAGGAAAUUAUUAGGGAAUACUGAUGUAUGCUUGUAAAUCUGCAAAUACAUGUUUUGAUUUUCUCGUUCUAU